AUGGAUAUUAGGAUCUUCGCGCUGGUUGCUUUCAUUGCUGUCCUAGGAUCCUUUACGGAGGCCCGAUCCGCCUUUGGUUAUCCUUAUGGUUAUCCUUAUGGUUAUCCUUAUGGAAAUGGAGGACUACGCGACGAUAGACCGUCGGCCAGUCUCGCCGCGAUGUCCAGGUUGAAGCGAGCAAUCGAUGAUUCGAAUGGUGAGAGUACCACCAAUCAAGCAACUACAACGAUCUCCUCGACAACAGAUCCCACAACCACACCAUCAUCGACCACAUCAUCAUCAACCACACCUUCAUCAACCACGCCAUCAUCGACCACGCCAUCAUCGACCACACCUCCAACAACACCUACAACCACCGAACCAACCACUACACCCACCACUACCACAGAGGCGACGUCUCCCACGACUACGCCGACCACCACCUCCGCCAGUACUCCCACAUCCACUUCCGUUACUACUCCAACAACCCUAUCCACUACUACGCCUAGCACGACAACUCCAGAAAGCACGAAACCAACGCCCGAGCCGAAGAAACCAAACAACAUUCAAUCACGUUCGAACAUUGACGAACCCGAACCCGAAGAUUCCACUAAGAAACCUGGACCAUCUAAGGACAAAGGGCCAACUCCCGGACCAUACUUUGGCGCUCCUGGAUACGGCUUUGGCGGUCCAGGUUUCGAUCCCUAUUUUGGUUAUCCAGGAUUCAACUCUAUACCAGGUUAUAACCCAAACUAUGCGUGGACAAACAACGGGCCCGGAUACGCGUCCGCAGGCGCAGGCGCGUCCACCGGAAAUUUUGGAUAUCCAGCAAUGGGAUAUCCAAUGGGGCCAUAUCCUACCCCAGGAUAUCCUACACCAGGAUAUCCUACGCCGGCAUACCCCACACCGUCAUAUCCCACGCCGGGAUCACCGACGGGAGAUCCAUCUUUCGGUAGUCGAGGAGGAUUUCAGGAUAACUCACCGAACCAGAAUAAUCCACCAAACAGGGAUAACUCGCCAAACCAGAACUUCGGCGGAGAUCCGUUGUAUAAUAACGCAGGACCCGGAUACUUUUACCCAGGGCAAUUUCCUAAUUUCAAUGACCCCACUUUUGACAUGAUUAAACAAAUUCAGGCGCAGAUCGAGGCGCAACAUCAGGCCAAUAUGGAUCUCCACAAUCGUUUAGCCAACGAUCCUAAUUACGGAAAUUACGGAAAUUACGGGAAUCCUUACAGUGGCGGCGUACCGCAGGUGGCGAGUGCCAGCAUCGGCUUAGGCCCAUACGGUGGUUUCCAAACUGGCCAAAUCAGUCCUGCUGCUCCAGGAAUAGAGUCCAGAUUCGCUGAUGAUCUUCCUCCGCCAUCGGGUAACAGUUUCGGAGUAUUCGCUAGUUCUAGUUCCUCCAGCCAGACCGGCCCGGACGGCAAGCCGAUUAAUCAUAAGUCGUCUGUUACUGGUGUUAAUGAUAAUGGGAGAGUUUCUUACCGCACUGUGCACGAUUAAUUAAAUUACGGCCAUGACUGUGCCUAUUUUUAUAAUCAUUAAUUUACUAUCGUGCUAUAUAUGGUGUUAUCAUGAUAAUGAUAAAAUUUUAUAAUUCAAAAUUCAAAAUUGUUACAAAAAAAAGAUUGCGACAGAGGAUUUUCAAAAUUCCGACUCAAAUAUUUCCUUAAGAUUGCCAGACAAAUACUCAAGUUUCUUAGAACUAAUAGAUUCUCUCUAUAAAAUUAAAGUUAUGACUUUUAUAUGAUUUUCUAUAAUUGUUAGUAGCUUGAUUUUUUUACUAUCCGUUCGCGAGCAAGAAUCGCUUGUGAUACAUAUUUAAAAAUCUCAAUAAGCUUUCUUGCGUUAGUGUUAUAUUCUAUUUGAGUAAUAUCGAAUGCAUAUAACACUCUCUUGACGACUAUUCUGCAUUUAAUUACUUGCUUUAAUAUAUUCAUAUUGUUGUAUCUAUUAUGUAAUGCAUAAAUUAAACUCUUGACGCUUU